UGUUAUCUAUUGCAUACACUGUUCUUCUUUUUUUUAUUAUUUUUUUAUUUUUUUUUUUCCAGAUACUGAGCUGGUCAUGAAUGGGAUGGCAUCAGAUCACAACGCUUCCUCCCAGCAAGAGUACCUCCCACACUACCUCCAGAAGGAAGACCCCUUCGCAUCAAAGCUUUCUAGAGAAGCUGACAUCGUAGCUGGGUUUUAUUUGACAGUAAUUGGGAUUCUUUCAACUCUGGGAAAUGGGUACGUUAUUUUUAUGUCUUCAAAGCGAAAAAAGAAGUUGAGACCUGCUGAAAUAAUGACUGUUAAUUUAGCAGUGUGUGAUCUGGGCAUUUCAGUUGUAGGAAAGCCCUUCAGUAUCAUUUCCUUCUUUUCUCACCGCUGGGUGUUUGGAUGGAUGGGCUGCCGUUGGUAUGGAUGGGCUGGUUUCUUCUUUGGCUGUGGGAGCCUUAUUACCAUGACAGCUGUCAGCCUGGAUAGAUACCUAAAAAUCUGUCACUUGUCUUAUGGUACUUGGCUUAAGAGACACCAUGCCUUUAUUUGUUUGGCAAUAAUCUGGGCCUAUGCAACGUUCUGGGCUACGGUGCCUUUUGCUGGUGUGGGAAGCUAUGCUCCUGAGCCUUUUGGGACCUCGUGCACUCUGGACUGGUGGCUGGCACAGGCUUCAGUGGCUGGGCAGGCUUUUAUUCUGAGUAUUAUUUUCUUUUGCCUCCUCUUCCCAACUGCAGUGAUUGUGUUUUCCUAUGUUAAAAUCAUUUUAAAAGUCAAGUCAUCCACCAAAGAGGUUGCUCACUAUGACAGCAGGAUCCAGAACAGCCACAUACUUGAAAUGAAGCUGACCAAGGUGGCAAUGUUGAUCUGUGCAGGAUUCCUCAUUGCCUGGAUCCCUUACGCUGUGGUCUCUGUAUGGUCAGCCUUUGGACAGCCGGAUUCAGUUCCCAUUCAGUUUUCAGUGGUACCAACUCUGCUUGCAAAGUCAGCAGCCAUGUACAACCCAAUAAUUUACCAGGUCAUUGAUUGUAAGUUUGCCUGUUGCCGGUCAGGUGGAUUGAAGACACUGCAGAAGAAGAACUCUUUGAAGAAACUGAGGAUGUAUACCAUAUCUUCACACAGAGAUUCAACAGCAAUGAAUGAAACCCAACUGGAAGUAUGAAGGCUCAUUUCACAUACAGCAAAUGAAAACCUGAUGACAAACAGUCAUACAGUCUCAAAUUCCUCUUUCUGUAAACAAAUUAAAACAUGAUGACGUUUUUAUUUUACUCCCCAGUACAAUUUAGUUCUUUCCAUCCUAACUAAAACAGUGUGAUUAGAGCUGGGCAAAUAUUUUAAGUUUUCAGAAAUGGAAGAAACAAAGAAGAUUCAUUUGUAUAAAAGAAAUUGCAUCCA